AUGUUUAGUGCAUCCAACCACGAAGACUUCUUAACGCGUCGUUGUGUGUGGGUGAACGGCCCAAUAAUUGUAGGUGCAGGCCCAUCCGGCUUAGCUGUCGGCGCUUGCCUUAAAGAACAUGGCGUCCCGUUCAUUAUCCUUGAGAAAGAGGACUGCAUUGCCUCACUUUGGCAGAAGCGCAGCUACAAUCGCUUGAAGCUCCACCUCCCCAAGCAAUUCUGCCAGCUUCCAAAGCUUCCAUUCCCUGAGGACUUCCCAAAGUACCCCAACAAGAAGCAAUUCAUAGACUACUUAGAGUCGUAUGCACGACACUUUGAGAUCAACCCCCGAUUCAAUGAGUGCGUCCAGUCCGCUAAGUAUGACGAAACAUGCGGAUUGUGGCGUGUGAAGAGCUUCUGCAUGAGAGCGGGUGCUCGGGGUGCUGAGGUCGAGUACAUUUGCCGGUGGCUGGUGGUGGCCACUGGAGAGAACGCAGUGCGAGCGGUGCCUGAGAUUGAAGGGUUGAGUGAGUUCGGUGGUAGAGUGAUGCAUGUCUGUGACUACAAGUCUGGGGAGAACUUCAAGGGGGAGCAAGUACUAGUCGUGGGCUGCGGGAAUUCGGGCAUGGAAGUCUCUUUAGACCUUUGCAACUACAAUGCCUUCCCGUCGAUGGUGAUUCGAAGCUCGGUUCAUGUCUUGCCAAGGGAAGUUAUGGGGAAAUCGACAUUUGAGGUGGCUGUUUCUCUGAUGAAAUGGUUACCUCUUUGGCUGGUGGACAAGCUGCUUUUGGUUUUGGCAUGGUUGGUACUUGGAAACACUGAGAAGUAUGGAUUAAAAAGACCUUCAAUGGGACCUAUGCAGCUCAAGAACACCCAAGGGAAGACCCCUGUUUUGGACGUCGGUGCAUUGGGCAAGAUCAAAUCAGGUAAAAUCAAGGUAGUUCCUGGAAUCAAGAGGUUUUCAACAGGGAAAGUUGAGCUUGUUAGUGGGCAGAAUCUUGAGGUGGAUUCAGUGAUUUUUGCAACUGGGUAUCGCAGCAACGUUCCUUCUUGGCUACAGGAGAGUGAUUUCUUCUCAAGGAAUGGAUUUCCAAAGCAACCCUUCCCAAAUGGGUGGAAAGGGAAUGCAGGGCUUUAUGCAGUUGGGUUCACAAGGAGAGGGUUGUCUGGUGCAUCAGUAGAUGCUGUGAGAAUAGCAGAAGACAUUGGAAGAGUUUGGAAAGAGGAAACAAAGCAGACAAAGCAGUUCAUUGCCUGCCAUAGGAGAUGUAUUUCACAGUUCUGAUUGGAAGUCUUCUUCAGCAUGUUUUUCAUUCCUGUUUAGGCCAUCAUCAAUGGUAAUGACUGAGUGUACAAUAAUAUGUAACAAUAGAAGAAAAGAAAAGGCACAUAAACCAGACCCUCUUCAAGAGCCCAAUUUU